ACCGCGCAGCCCCUGGCCAGCACCCGCCAGCCGUGCCGUGCCCUGCCCGGUGACAGCUCUCCCAGCCCUGCCCUGCCCCGGGAACAGCUCACCCGGCCCCGCCCGCGCGGCGGCGGGCUCCAGGGCCCGAGGGUCGCCCUAGCGCCCGCGCAGGUCAUGGGACCGGGCGCGCCCGGACACCGCCAGACCCCCGCGGCCGCCUCGCCCGCGCCGCCGCCGUUCGUGCGCGUGGCCCCCGCGCUCUUCCUUGGGAGCGCGCGCGCCGCGGGCGCGACGGAGCUGCUGGAGCGCGCGGGCGUCACGCUGUGCGUCAACGUCUCCCGCCGGCAGCCCGGUCCGCGCGCGCCCGGCGUGGCAGAGCUGCGCGUGCCCGUGCUGGACGACCCGGCCGAGGACCUGCUGGCACACCUGGAGCCCACCUGCGCCGCCAUCGAGGCCGCGGUGCGUGCCGGUGGUACCUGCCUCGUCUACUGCAAGAACGGCCGCAGCCGCUCGGCCGCCGUCUGUACCGCCUACCUCAUGCGGCACCGCGGCCUCAGCCUGGCGCGGGCCUUCCAGAUGGUGAAGAGCGCCCGCCCGGUAGCCGAACCCAAUCCGGGUUUCUGGUGUCAGCUGCAGCAGUAUGAGGAGAUCCUCCAGGCCCAGUCCCGUGUGGCCGGGGAGCACUCCGCGGCGGCUCGUCCUAACAGCGGGAGACCGUGACCACGAGUGGGCCCUGGAUGUUGGCCAUGCAGGGUCCCCGGGAGAGAAGGGGUGUCGGUUCCUUGACAGGAGGCUGGGUUUUCCCCUCCUUCCUCACCGUGACCUCUUAAGCCUCAUCGUCUUGAAACGCAGCUGCAGAGGGCCUGUCCCCUUUGAUGGCAGUGCAGGGAGGCGUCCACAGCUGCCCGAGAGAGGCCGCCCCUCCCUACCUCUAGGCAGCCUCAGCUUGUUUGGCUUUGAUCAGGAAAAUCUAAACCACUGGAGGAGUUUUAGGUAGAAAUUGAAUGCAGGGAGAGGGGGAGGUAGGGGAAUCACAGGACCCCGCGCUCGGAUCCCAGCUGCCUGCGCUCUGGUGUCCCCUCCCCGGAGGACGCCCGCAGCCGCUGGCAGAGCCUCCUGCCGUCCAGCAGUCCACACCUGGCGGCACCUCCCGCACCUCUCCCGGGUCCCAUCUCAGCACCGAACACGGGAUCAGACACGGCCUCUCCUGCACAUCCUGUGAGCUAAAGAAUAUCCUAGGAAAUUAAUCACCAUCAGAACUCCUUCAAUAAUAUAGUGGGGAAAGAGAAAAGGAAAAUUUGGGUAAUGUGUACGAAUUACAAGUAGUACAGUCAUUGGUUAAUAUAUAGAAAUGUAUGCACACAAGCUAAUGAGUAAAA